CAGCCUGAAUAUAGCUUUGGUUACAUGGAAUACUCGGGAUUGUAAAACUCUCAUUGACUAUUGUUGCUUAUACGAAAACAAAACCAAACAAAACUCAAGCCGAUUAUGCCGGCUGAUGCCGGCCUGACAUUUAUGAUCAGUACACACGUGCUGAAUAUCGGCGAGAUAUCACGAAAAUGCCGAGGGAUAUCAGAUCCUACUUUGCUCCGGUCGCGACUUCACAAAAGAACAGCAAGCCUGUCGCUCCAAAAUCUCAGAAGCGACGGAUUAUUUCGUCUUCGUCAGACGAAGACGAAGAGAAACCACAGUCCACAAAACGUUCCACGGUUGUAAAAAGAAAGAAAUCUUCCAUCCUAUCUGAUUCUGAGGAUGAGGAAAGGAUUGUUAGAGAUGAUAAAAAAGAUUCCAGCAAUCCUACAGCAAAUAAGAAAAGCAAAAGCAAGGAGUCACGCAAAGCGGUACCUUUUACUGAAUUAUUUGACAAGAAGCCGAUAAUGAGAGUAGAAGAGACAAAAAUGAAUCGAAAAUUACAGAAAGUGGAAUCCAAAUUUCAUGAUGAUGAAGAUUUUGAUGCUGUGCUUAAACAAUUGGAUGUAGUACAAGAUACUCUGAUACAGGAUAAACAGAAGGGUAAAAACAACAUUAAAAAUGUGGAUAGUCCUAAGAAGUCAGAAGCUGCAGUUAAGACAGAGGUGGCUUCUAAUAAAAACAGAAAACAUAAUAAUGGUUUGAAAGAUUGCAAUAAUAAAACUAACAAUACGAGUGAACUAAAAUCUGAGGAAGUAAAAUCUUCUAAUAAAAAUAAUGUAUAUUCAAAAGUUACAAAUUCCUCUUCAAAACAGAACUUACAAAAAGAGAAAAAAGGUAGUUCGAAUGAAGACUUAGAUAUAAGCAAAAAAGACAAAGAUAUAGAAAAGUCAAGUAGAAAAAGAGCCAAAAUAAUGGAAGAAAAUUUAUUUGAAGAAAGAAAUGAAAUGAAGAAACAGCGUACUAUAAUGUACGAAAAAUAUCUUCAGAGAGGCGGUGCCAGAAAUCCUGGUUCGAAAGAGAUCCCUACAGGCGCCGAAAAUUGUUUAGCCGGAGUAAGUUUCUUGAUUACUGGUGUAUUGGAUUCCUUAGAAAGAAAUGAAGCCGAAGAUUUAAUACAAAAAUAUGGUGGCCGGACCGUAAAAUCUGUAUCAAAUAAAGUAAAUUAUAUUAUAGUGGGAGAUGAGGCUGGCCCAGCUAAAUUGGCAAAAGCUAGUAAUUUAGGUAUUAAACAAAUAUCUGAAGAUGAUCUCCUUGAAAUGAUUCGCACGAGAUCAGAAGGUAAAGCUGCAGACAUCAAGCCGACUAAAGCAAAAUCAAACGUAAAAAAGAUAUUUAAAAAAUUUGAGAGCGAUGAAUCACCGAACAAAACAAAAGCAUUAUUAGAUUCACUUAAAAAGAUAAAAAUACUAUCAUCUUUACCAGAAAAAACCAGUGUGAAUACGAAAACUUCAUCAGCAUCAAAACAGAUUUUAGAUGUUAGCAAUGAUACACAGAAAGCAAAUAUAGUAACAAGUAUUGGAUCAGAACCGUUAGUUGAGAGAUAUAGACCCAAAACUAUGAAGCAAAUUAUAGGUCAGCAAGGAGAUAAGAGCUGUGCACAUAACUUAUAUAUAUGGCUACGUGAUUGGCAUCAAAAUCGUCAGAAUUCCAAAUUCAAAGACAGCACUAGCAAGCAAACUCACGGACAAAACUUCAAAGCUGCCUUGCUGUCCGGCCCACCGGGCGUUGGUAAAACAACAACUGUGCAAGUAGUUUGUAAAGAAUUAGGAUACGAUCUUGUGGAAUUCAAUGCUUCCGACACGAGAAACAAAACACUUCUAAAAGAAGCGGUCUCAGGAUUAUUAUCCAAUACCACAAUGAAAGAUUAUGUUACAGGUAUCAAACAAAAAAUUACGAGCAAGCACGUGCUAUUGAUGGAUGAAGUCGACGGUAUGGCUGGCAACGAAGAUCGUGGUGGCUUACAAGAAUUAGUUAAUUUAAUAAAAUAUACCGAUGUCCCAAUUAUUUGUAUAUGUAAUGACCGAUUUAAUACGAAGGUGAAAACUAUUUCUACGCACAGCUACGAUCUGAAAUAUCCGAGGCUCAGAGUGGAACAGAUCAGGAGUUCUAUGAAGUCUCUGUGCUUUAAAGAGAACAUCAAGAUCUCAACGGAGGAUCUCGAUCGUUUAAUCGAAUCGACGAAUUAUGAUAUUCGACAAGUAAUAAACCAUCUGGAGUUUCUCGGCACUCAAAUGACUCACGUGAAGACAACUGAUAAAAAACAUUCAAAUAAGAACUUUAAGCUCGGUCCAUUCGACGUUACAAAAAUAGCAUUCAAUGCAGAUGAGCAAAAAAAAAUGAGUCUGAAUGAUAAGAUCGGUUUAUAUUUUCAUGAUUACAAUAUAGCGCCUCUUUUUAUACAAGAAAAUUACCAGGGAGUUAGAUUAUCUCAAAUAUCACUUCGUCAAAGGUUAGAAAGAAUUGCCAACGCGGCUGAUAGUAUAUCUCAGGGCGACCUCGUCGAGAAGGUGAUGAGAAGUAAUAUGAUGUGGAGUCUACUUCCAUUGCAUGCUUGUUUCUCAUUCGUUAUACCAGCUAGUGAAAUGUCAGGAAGCUCUGACGGAUUGAUACGAUUCCCGAGCUGGUUUGGGCGAAAUUCGAAGACAACAAGGUUUAAUCGAUUAUUGCAAGAAUUGACGACGCAUACUCGAUUAGCUACGGGUGCAAACAAGGAUGCCCUGAAUAUGGAUUAUUUGCCUUAUAUUCGAAAUGCUAUUGUAAAACCUUUGAUAGAUAAUGGUUUAGAUGGUAUAGAAGAGGCAAUAAAUAUUAUGGGAAAGUAUCAUUUAACUAGGGAAGACUUGGAUUCAGCAAUAGAAAUUUCUCUUUGGCCAGGAAUGUCCGAUUCGACGAGUAAUCUUGAUAGUAAAGUAAAAGCAGCGUUUACACGCGCAUAUCAAAAGAAUCCUCCUAUGCUGCCGUACGCAAUUAAUAGCACUACUACAACAAAGAAAAGAUCUAGACAAGAUAAUGAUAUUAUAGGAGAAGAAGAAGAUGGUGAGGAGGAAGAAACUGACGAUAUUGAUUUUGAUAAGAUGAUUAAGGCAAAAAAACCUACUGUUGCUAGUACUAGCAAAGCUGCUUCAUCAACAAGAAAACGCGGCGAAUCAGCUAAGAAAUGUGGGAAAGUACGCGGUAAAGGAAAAUAAGAGACAGAGUAAAAAGACAGAUAGUAAAA